GACCUUGAAGCCUGGGCCCACGUUUCCUGUUUUUAAUGCCAGCCUGCCGGUUAUCGACCGGAGUAAGAUCUAAUGCUGGAGAUAAUCGCAGCAGAGAUGCCGGAGAUGGAUUGGCAAAGUGAUCAACAAGGCUGGAUCGAGCUGCAACCAUGUCCACUGUGGUCUCACGAUCAAAAUCCCAAAGUACACGACCACUGCAAGCUCGUGUCCUCUCAGGCUCGGUUCCUCCUUCCAUCACCUUUCAAUUCCCAUCACCAGGGUCAUGGUAGCGCUGUUUCGUCAUCCACUGCGGCCGGCGACCCGAUUUCCACGGACCAUCAGCCGUUUGCAAGUUCACUCGGCUGGAUUAAGAGCUUGGAGACAGGCACAGAUGGAAUCAACGCUGCUGAGGGAGCCUUCCAACAUCAUUCUCCAUCUCAUGUGGACUCUUCUCCCGUGGCUGAAGCACCUGUAGCAGUCAAUCCGCCAGAAACAUUUGGGGCUCCCUUUUUCCCAGCCCCAUACUGUCAUCCCAGCAGCAACACGGACAGCACAAUACGUUCAAGUUGUGCUUCCCAAGUGACAUCGGCAUCAGUUACACCCUUGGCGGGCCGGACGCAGGCCAGAUCAAGCGCAAAUCCCGGCUCGACCAACGUCAAGGUCGCCCUCACCAAAAACAACAGCACGACCAAGCGCACCAUUCGAAAGUCAAAAUCAUCGCCUGCCCACAGCAAGAUUGAGAAGGAAAAAUUGCAAGAAAGCCAAACCGAUUUUUCCAACCCAUCCUUGGGCGAGCAUCGGGCGAAUGUGCGCCAGUGGCACAACCGGGUCGGCAAGAGAUAUCGCGACAAGCUGAGUGGCAAGUUUGAGAGUCUCCAAGCCGCCCUGCACCUCUAUAUGGCGACUGAGGACAACGCCGAGGAUCUGAACAGCGCUCCAAGUACACACGGUGGUCGUGUCCUCAACAAGGCCGGGCUCCUCGACACGGCCCGCGCCCGAAUCGCGGCUUUGCUAUCGCAGCGCCAGGCUCUGUUGGCCGAAAUGGAAGCCUUACGGCGGCAGUCACAAGCCUAACGUCGAAGGGCUGACCGCGAGAGCUGACGGCCGUUCUUCCCUCGGAUCGUGCUUGUCGAAAAGGAAGGAAU